CGGCAUAUUAACGAUCAGUGCCAUAGAGGAGAAGAGUCCACAACCGCAAAACCACAUCUAACACUUUGUAGACAGAAUGUUGAGAAGACUACGCUCAGUUAGUGUAAGCAGUUCGGCGUAAGCGUACAUAAAUUAUUUAGUUAUUUAAUAAUUGAAAAUAAUUUCCAAAACAGUCCGUCCGACAUACAAGUCAAGGGCAAUGCAGCACAAGCGUCGCGACAUUUAAUGGGGAAUAGUUGAAAACAAAAAUAAAACAUUAAACAUUAAACAAAUAAUCUAAGCGCAUUUAUAAGCUUGGAACGCUUAUCAUGUAUUGAAAAAAUAUACAGAUUUUCUUAUGAAAAUAUAAUAAAAAGAAAUUAAAGCAAUUUUCGAUCAGUUUAUAUGCAAGAUUUAAAGUUCACAAAAUAAUAAUAAAAAACGGAUCCGUGUGUGUGUAGUGGAAAACGCAAAAUAAUCGAUAAUCGAUUGUUUAAAAAUAAUAAAGCCCGAUACGCAUGACUCUAAAGGAUUUGGAAGAAUUACUCGUAGCAAGUGAACUAGCAGCAUACGGCGGCGGAGCCAGCAAAAUGAUGUCCAGAACUUUCAGAUACGUCAAAUUGGUUUAUAUUGUGGCGGGGAUUUUAAUGAGCAAUGAAAAAGUUUGCGAAUCCGUUGAUAAAAUGCAAAUUACGCCACGUGUCGAAGUCAAAGAGAUACUCCAGCCGAAGAAUGUCUAUAAAGGUGUCGAGAAGGCCUCAAAAAAUUGGUUUCGCAGUUCCUAUUGUUACAUAGUUAACGGUAUUAAACGACGAAUAACGCCACUGUUGAGUAUUUUCAAUAUUUGGACCAUACCCAAGUACUUGUUGGACUAUUCAGCGAACGUAAUUAGUAAGCAAUUCAUUGGCAGCGAUUGUGAUUUGAUUUAUAAUGCAUAAAUCAGCAAAUAAAAUAAUUAGCAUUUAAUUAAAUUGAGUCAAGUGGAAAACAAUUUGAACGCCACGGGCAACAACGAAACGAACGGAUUGGCUAACACGGCUGCAUGACGACUCGGCCAAAGAAUAUAUGAACAAAAGCAUAAGAUCUACAUGAAAAUAUAACUUCUACCGGCCAAGAAUAUGGUCUGAAAAAACCCAAAACCAAUGAAACAGAAAAAUUAUCUGAAAAAGCAGCUAUGAAAAUAUUAAGUCUACUCAAAUUUGGCCCACGAUUGUCGAAAAUGUCGAUAAAAUAGUGGAAGGCGUCAAGUCUAACCAUCACGCGUGCAGCGUUUCGAUUGCUCAAGAGCUAAACAAUGCACAAAAUAAACAAUUUAGAACCACUUCAAAAAGGCUGGAUAUAUGGUUGCCACAUAAGUUAAAGAGAAAAUUACUCAUGGACAGACUUUCCAUUUGGGAAUCACUGCUGAUUGGUAACAAAAUCGACCCACUUGGGAAUUGUAUUUCAUCAGAACAGGCGAAUGAUUUGGGUGGUGAAGAAUCGGCCUUAACAGAAACAUUUGAAAAUGGAGUAUACCAAUAUUAUGCCGUGAGGACAAGGGUUUCUAUAAGAGAGGCAUAAUGACACUACCUUCAAAAUGACAAAAAGUUAUCGUGCAACUGACUACACGGCCACCCUCGCAGAUAACGAUGUUUUGACAGCUCGUAGCCUGUGGCCGGUGGCGUUCAUUCGGUUUUCAACUUAAAACAAUUAGCUUAGUUAAGAUAACUAAAUAUAGACCUAUAGAGGUGAACAUGCUCAUUUUAGUUUUAAAUAAUAAAAUUAUUGUGUAAUUUUAAAUGGAAAAUAUUAAUCAAACAAACCACUAUUGCUUCUCAUAUUUUAUAAGUUUUUUUUUUUUUUUGUUUAACAUUCAAACAC